AGUAAGGGCACCUGUGCCACACGUGUGAACGGAGAGCCUCAUUCCACACCGGAGCAGCGAUAUGAGGACCAGAUUUCAAGCUUUCAGCUGGGGACUCCACUUGAAGAGGCACAAGAUGAUGCCUUGGAUUUAGCUGGCCCACAUGAGUGAUAUGAAUAACGCGCUGGACGACAUACACACGUCAGGAAGCCUCGGAGAGAAAGCAGAGAUUUUUCACAGUGGCAGGGGUAAUGUGAGUGGCUUUCCCAACCCAGCCCUUAUCCCUUUGCGAGCUCCUUCACUAACACCAAAUGCCCAGCAGAUCAGGACUACACUCUGCAAGGGGAACAGGAGCAAUAAAGAGGGAGAGGAGUCAUUCUCUUCUCCUGUACCAAACCCUUUUCCUGAGCUUAUCCCCUCAACCCUCUCCCCCCUUGUCUCUGAAUGCUUAUUACCAUGGACCAAAAGUAGUGCAACUCAGGUAAUCAAAGUUUAUAAUGAAGAUAACACUAGCAGAGCUGUAGAGGUUCCCAGUGACAUCACUGCACGGGACAUAUGCCAGCUGUUUGUCUUGAAGAACCACUGCAUCGACGACCACAGCUGGACUCUUUUUGAACACCUCUCCCACCUGGGAAUAGAGAGAACCAUUGAAGACCAUGAGUCUGUUAUGGAGGUGCUAUCAGGCUGGGGAAUGGACACAGACAGUCGGCUGUAUUUUAGGAAGAAUUAUGCUAAAUAUGAAUUCUUCAGGAAACCCCUGGACUUUUUCCCGGAUCACAUGGUCUCUGUAUCCAGUGAAACCAAUGGGAUGGUGGAUCACUCUCAGCUUAUACAGACCUUUCUCAACUCCAGCACCUGUCCAGAGAUACAUGGACACCUCCAUGCCAAAGAGCAAAGCAGGAAGUCUUGGAAGAAGUUUUACUUUGUGCUGCGGAGGUCAGGGCUUUAUUUCUCCAACAAGGGAACUUCCAAGGAACCAAGGCAUCUCCAGUUCAUUGCAGACUUUAGUGACAGUGAUGUCUACACAGUGUUGUCAGCCAAAAAACUACAUGGAGCACCUACAGAUUAUGGCCUCUGUGUCAAGUCCACAAAGUGUAGUUCAGCCCGGGACUUGAAGCUGCUUUGUGCAGAUGAUGAGCAGACCAGGACAUGCUGGAUCACAGCCAUGCGCUUGUUAAAGUAUGGGAUGCAGCUGUACCAAAACUUCAUUCAGCCACACCAGAAGCAAAAAGCUUCACCAAUGAGAAGCAUCUCGGAGAAUUCGCUGGUGGCCAUGGACUUUUCUGGCCAGAAGAGCCGCGUGAUCGAGAACCCGUCUGAGGCGCUGUCUGUGGCGGUAGAGGAAGGCCUGUCAUGGAGGAGGAAAAGCUGCCACCGUCUGAGCGGCCAUGGAAGCCCCUCCACAUCACAGGGCUCAGUGUCAAACAUAGCCCUCCACUUGACUCAGUCCUGGUUCCACGGCAAACUGUCCCGGGAUGAGGCUCAGCGUCUCAUUACCCAGCACGGUCUUAUCGAUGGAGUUUUUCUUCUGAGGGACAGCCAAAGCAACCCGAAGACAUUUGUACUGUCACUGUGCCACAUGCAGAAAAUCAAACACUUUCAGAUCUUACCUAUGGAUGAUGAAGGCGAGGUAUUCUACAGCCUGGAUGACGGUCACACACGGUUCACUGACUUGAUCCAGUUGGUGGAGUUUUACCAGCUAAACCGCGGGGUGCUGCCCUGCAAGCUCAAACACCACUGUGCCCGGAUCGCCCUGUGAACGAGGGACCCCCAGAGACCCCCGAGGGCCCACAUGCACCUUAACUCCGGGGCCUUUCUGGACAAACACUCCCAGUGUUCUUGUGCCUUGAAGAAGAAAGAUAUACAGACUCACUGAACAGCCAUGCUAACUGAAACCACUGUUAUCACCCACUGUCGUCCACAUCGUGGUACACGGUCCCUUUGUUAUUUUCCUCAUUUUGGAGAAAAAGCUGAAUUUGACAGUAGACUGUAUAAUAACUGACUACAUGUGCUGAAGAUGAUGUGCAGUUUUGUCUGGUGAAUGUUAGUCUUUGGCCCUGUAAUGUGCCCAUAUGUGGCGGUAAAUCCGUUGUGCAAAGUCCAUGAACCAAAACAUGACUUCUUGUACUGUAUACUGCAGAGCUGAAUGUGUACUGCAAACAUCUUCUUCUAACAACAAGACACCAGUGAAAGAAAGCUACAUACAGUAGCUGUUUGAGCUUCACUGAAACUGCAGUAAUUAUAUAUAGCUGUCAGUUGUGGUCUGGCAAAGCUAAUGAUGGUUGAAUCAAAACAAGGGCAUCAGUUUUUUUUAUUUGAAACCAUCUCAUGCUGGGAAUUGUAGUACACAACACCUCUGUCCUGUUAGAUUUGAGUAAAACUAAGCUAUCUUACUUUUCAUCGUCAUUGUAUCUCAUCUAUCUAAGUAUUCAGGUAUUUUUUUUAAGAAAAUGAUUGUUGUUUUGUAUUUGAGAGAUAAAAUGACCUCUCAGGAAGUGUCACUGUGCAUGACCUGUAAGCUGGACUGCUGUAGAGCGGAGAGAGAGGUGUAACGGGGCGGGCACACAACCUCACUAGCCCGCACUGUACAUUCAUUUUAAAUGUAUGUGAUUAAACAAAAUGUUUGUAUUACAUGAAAUUAGUUGCGAGCUCGCUCUAGAGCGGGAGCAGUGAAAUGUAUUUCGCUCAGUUUUAGAUAUAAGCCAUUGAGAUGGAAAUCAGAAAUCCUGUGUGACUGAUUUUGAUCAUAUCUGAAUUCAUUGUAUAUUGAAAUUUAGGUUUUUAUAUUCUCCAAAGAUUCAGGUGUACAGCUUGCAGAACCUGGGUUGGUUGUAUUUUGCUGUCAUUGCCACUGCUGUGGAUAUACAGUGUGUUUUCAAAAAGGCCAAUAAUGCAUCAGCUUUUAAAAACAAGGCGUUUUAAAUCAGAGACGUGAUCGAAAUGACUAUCUUCUGUUAGUAGUUUCUCCAGCUGGACAACAGUGCAUUGAACAAUGAAUGUCAUGGACUGCAUAGUUUUAUAUGUAUAAACAAAGUCUGUUUGUAACGUGACUUUGUAUGAGUUAUUGU